UUCGCGAAGCGUCAUUUUUUAUCGCGUAUCGUCGUGGCUCGCGAUUCGAGACUAGUUGGUUCGGGAGUUUUUCGGUGUUGUUUUUCCAAGUCAAAGAUCAACUGAAAUCCACCCUACGGACGUCCGUAAAGCCGUGUCCCACCGCAGUAGUAGUAGUAGUAGCAUCAACAAAUUGGCCAAUUUCCGUUACCACCGCAAAGCUAUCCCUAGGCCCCGGCAGUGACAAACGGCAUUGAUGCGGCGGCUCGGUGCUCCAAAUGGUGUAUCAUGUCAACGAUAGACGAACGAGUCGCUUAUCUGGAAAAUCCCUACUUCAAAGGUCACCUCUACGGUAAUUUCAACCCGUUCUACGUAACCAUCGCGAUCUGCACUGUGCUGGGCGUGUUCAUCUUUGUGCUGAACAUCAUCUGUGGCUGCUGCUCCAAACACAAACCCUACUGGCAGGACCGCCAUACCGGCAACCGUUGGCUUGUUUCGAUUUGGUCGGCAACUCCCCACAAGCAGCCUCCGCUGGAUCUGACGGAACUGAAGGACGCACGAACGUUCCAACCUGUCAAUCCCGACAUCGAGCGCCCGGUCGAGUACACCGUUUCGCACCACCGUCCUCAGCACCAACCGCAGCAGCAGUACGGACGGGGAGCCGGCUACCGAGAGGAAUACGUCGAACUGCACGCUAAACGCGAAAGUGACAUCUAAAG